AUGAUUGGUAACAGAUGGGGGCUCUCCCCGAAAGUCACAAUGUGGCUCUACAAAACUGUCAUAAGACCAAUGCUAACUUACGGCUCUGUGGUUUGGUGGCCAAAGACACAACAAUCGGCGGCUAUAAGCAAACUGCAGAGAUUUCAAAGACUCGCCUGUCUGGCAAUCACUGGCAGCAUGAGCACAACACCGACUGCUGCGAUUGAGGCAAUGCUCGACCUGCCACCACUACAUCUUUUUGUAAGACAAGAAGCUCUAGCGACAGCUGUAAGGUUAAAGACACAAAACCUCUGGAGAAUGUUGCCUACAGCACACAGUAAGAUCUUAACUAUGGCAGCCGAGAAGGAGUCCUCACUCCUUGCCAUAAGUGAUAAGAUCCCAAAACAAUUCAUCUUUGACAAGAAAUAUAAGAUACAGCUGCGUGAAUACACGUCAGAACACAACAGCGUUGAAGACCUACUAAUCUUCACGGACGGGUCCAAGACUGGAAAUGGGACGGGUGCUGGGGUCUUCUCUGAGGACCUAAACAUUAACAUCUCGCACCCCUUGGGACCCCAUAAUACAGUCUUUCAGGCUGAAUGCCUAGGACUUCUACUUGCAGCUUCGGCCAUAAUUAAAAGAAAUGUAACAAACUAUUCGAUUCGGAUCUUAUCGGAUAGCAAAGCAGCACUCAUGGCAAUCAAAAGCCAUGAAAUCACUUCAGGGUUGACCCUUGAGUGUCACUUAGCCCUAACUAAGGUAUGUGACCUGGGAAAUUCCCUAGUACUACAAUGGAUAAAAGGACACAGUAACUCACGUGGAAACGAUGCUGCUGAUAUACUAGCCAGAAGGGCAUCUGAAACACCGGUCAUGGGACCUUUUCCCAUUAUACCGAUACCUGCUAGCUGGACCCGGAUGAUGAUUACCCAGCUCACUAGCACUGCUCAGAGAGCAGAAUGGUCAAGCAGAUCUGACUGCAAGCAAGCCAGAGAAGCCCUACCGGACAUUGACUCGAGACUUGCACGUCGGCUUCUCAACCUACGUAGAGUGCAACUACGCGUAAUAACAGGGACCCUCACAGGGCACGGCCCCUUCAACAAACAUCUCUUCAAUCUAGGGAUCACAGACAGUCCGCUAUGCAGAGCUUGCAUGGCGACCGAGGAAACGGCAGCCCACGUCAUCAUGGAAUGUAAGGGGGUUGCGGAGUACAGGGCAAGACACCUGGGGUCUCCUGGGUCCCUCCCCGAAGCCUUUGGCAGCCCUCACAAGCUGCUUGGCUUCAUGGAGGAGCUCGGGUGGUUUCAGUUUUAG